ACCUGAAAGAACGGUCUCGAGACAUGCGAGGUGGGCUAUGUCAGGCGAGAAAGUACAACAAAAUAUUUCAUAACGUUAUCAUAAAAAGCAUUCAAUUACGACAUGGAAAACGAAAAGGUGGAAUUGUGUGAAAGCUUAAUUAAGUGGCUGCAGUGUCUCAAACUGAACGGUGCCCACGGAAAUGCUCGGGAACUUGCAGAUGGAGUUGCGAUGGCCCAGGCUUUGAAUCAAAUAGCCCCGGAACAUUUCACAGAUUCGUGGCUAUCGAAGAUCAAGACAGACGUCGGAAGCAAUUGGAGAUUGAAAGUCAGCAACCUCAAAAAGGUGGUUGAGGGUGUUUUUGAUUACUACAUUGAUGUGCUGAGCUUGAAUUUGUCAGAUGUGGCAAAACCGGAUGUUAUGAGAAUCGCUGAAAAGGCAGACAGAGCGGAACUAUCCAGAUUGUUGCAGCUUAUCCUUGGGUGUGCUGUGAAUUGCGCCAAUAAGCAAGAUUACAUUACACAAAUCAUGGAACUCGAGGAGUCCCUUCAGAGGAACAUUAUGCGUGCCCUGCAAGAUCUCGAGGAGGCCUGGCAGGGAACUAGUGGUUGCCGGAACUCCCUCAGUAUUCAGCAGUUUGAUGUGAAAGCACUGCAGGAGGAACGCGAUGGUUUGGCGCAAAAAUGCCAUGAAAUGGAACGUCAGAUUGCCUUCCACAUUGAGGAGAAGGCAGCGAUGCAGCAAGAAAUUACGAAACUCAAUCAAAUGGUUGAGAAAAUGGAGUCUCCAAUGGCAAUUGGAGAUGAUGGAGAAUCCAUGGGGCCUGUCCAGCUCGGCUCAGCUAGAUACAAUGAGCUCCGGAAGCAAUUGGACAAUGUUAAGGAUGAACUUCUUCAGGCAGAAACUGCACGAGAUGACCUCAAAAUGAAGUCGCGACAGCAGGAAAUAGAGAUUAUUAAUCUUCAAGCGAAAGUGGAUGAGCUACAUCAAGCCUCGACGGAGUUGAGUCAACUAAAAGAUGAAAUUGAUAUCCUGCGGGAAGCUAGCGAUAAGCUGAAGAUUUACGAGACACAGCUGGCUACGUACAAGAAGAAAUUGGAGGAUCACAGCGAUCUUCGGAAGCAGGUGAAAAUGCUGGAAGAACGCAGUGCUGAGUAUUUAAGGCAGAAUAUUCAGCACGAAGAGGAUUCGAAGAAGUUUUCAGGUCUCAAGGGACAGGUUGAACUCUACAAAAAGGAGAUCCAAGAACUUCACAUGAAGCUGGACACAGAGAUGAGUAAGAGCGCCAAGAUUGAAUUUGAACUCACCAACAUGGAAGCCAAUCUGAGUGCCCUGCAGCGCGAGAAAGAGAACCUUUUGAUUGAAAGGGACACUCUACGGGAGACAUGUGAUGAACUUCGCUGCACACAAGGCUCCAGUGAUUCUACGAAUACCAUCUCCAGAGAAAUAGUCUCACCAACGCUCAAAGAUCGCAUAGAUCGACUUGAGGCAGAAAAUAAGGCACUGCGGGAGGGUCAGGGUGGACAAACGGCGUUGGCGCAAUUACUGGAUGACUCCAACCAGAGAACUGAGAAACUCAGGGAACAAUUGAAGCAAGCAAACCAAAAAAUACUAACUCUGACUCAGGGACAAACGGAUGAAAGUAGUGCAAAGGGGAACCUUGUUGUGCAACUGCGUCAAGCAUUGGAGCUCAAUGAGCAGAGAGCAUCUCAAAUUGAGGAGACUCAGCAGCAAGUAAAUAAUCUUCAAACAAAGAUGACCCAGCUGGAGGCAACCCUCACAGCCAAGGAGCAGGAACUUGCUACUUCGGAAGCUCGCUACAAGAAAUGCGUGGAAAAGACAAAGGAGAUGAUAAAGAAUAUUGAUCCGAGGUUGGCGACUGAAGUAGCAGCACUGGAUCAGGGGAAAUCUCCAAUUGAUCCCGAACCGGAAAUUAGAUCGAGUGGAAUGAGUCAGUUGGAGGAAAGGCUCAUGACAACAGCUUACCACAGAUUGGGUGUUGUAUGCCAUCGGGAGGCAAUUGAUGCGCGAUUGGCACUUCUCAGUGGUUCCGGGCAGAGCUUCCUUGCGCGUCAGAGGCAACCUGUUCCGCGAAAACCAGCAGCAUCAUUUAAGACAAAGUAAAUUCCACCAAGAGCCAUUCAGGAAGGAUAUUACCAAUGUGCCUUGGAACUAAUUUUCACGUUUUUUUUUUAACUGUUUUACUGCAUCAAUUCAUUAUGUUUUUUAUUUAUUUAUCAAAUGUAUUUUAAAGACAAAUACAAAAUAUACAAUUUAAAA